AUGGCAGGAUAUAUAUCAUUCCUAUUUUAUAGAAAAGUUGGAAAAGAUUCUGAAGAAUGGAUUAAAGAUUUUAAACAAUACUGUAAAGCAUCUGGAAUUGAUCCACUUAUAAAUGCUCGAACCAGAAAAUUGCAAAAUAUUAGCGACAAUACGGGUCUUGCAGAUCUUGGUGCCAUCAAUGGAUUGGCUAACAAUAAUGCAUUGUAUACUAUUAAUGUCAAUUAG